AUAUGAUUAUUUAAAUAGUACUACAUACCCUUUAUUUAAAUAUGACUUUCGAUUUAAGUUUCAGGCUUUUCUAAGAGGCUUACUUUAUUUCUUCAGUUCAACAGAUUUACAACGGUAAUUAUUGUAUUUUUUCUCAGCCGAAUUAUAAUUGCGAAAACUUCUCAAUAUGGUAUCCGUUAAGUUGACAGCAGCAUUAUUCGUUGCAACGUUACUUUCAGCAGUUCAAGCUGAAGAUGCAUUUGAAAUAUAUCAUGAAGCUGCAUUCCCAAAUAUGGCUUGUACUGCUCUUAUCGCUAAAACUGCAACUCUUAUUUCAAAAAAGGGAAGUUACUGUGAUAUUAAGAAUCAACCUGCUUUAGGUACUAUGACACAUUGUCUUUCAGUUAUUCCGGAUCCAAAUGCAAAGGCUAACUUUAUAAAAUCUUGUGCAAAAUUCAACUUGACUGAAGAACAAUAUACGGAUGCCUUUAAUAAUGCCACUAAUUACUUAUUCAACACUUCAUCUGUCGAAAAAUUCAAUACCACCAAACUUUUCCAUCAACCUGUCAUGUUAUCCAAGAAAAAGAUUCUUGGAGCUUGGAAAUCAGAAAGAGGUAGAUGGUAUAAUUAUAAUUAUUCCUUCUACUAUGGUGUAACAUUGUUUGCUUAUUGGUAUCUUGUUUUAUUCAUGGCCGGUUUAUGUAACUUGACUUACUUCCUUUUCCCAAAUUUCGUUAAAUCCUUAAAUGGAUCUUUUUCAAAUACAUACAGAAAGUAUAUUUCUUUACCAGCUUUUGGAUCAAGAAGUCAUGCCCAUCAUAAACUGAUUUUUAAAUACUUUAUCUUUUUUGUUCCAACUAGAUUGGAAUCUAUUUUGAUUAGUAUUUGGCUUAUCUUAGCAAUUAUUUUCACUUGUGUUAACUUUACUCAUGAUUCUCCAAAUAUCAUCUGGCCCAUUAAAUAUGCCGAAAUGGGUAGAAAGAUUGCUGAUAGAAGUGGACAAAUGUGUUUAUGGAUUUUGCCAAAUUUAGUGUUAUUCGCUGGUAGAAAUAAUGUCAUGCAAUGGGUUUCUGGUUGGUCACACUCUAGAUUCAUUCUUCUUCAUAAAUGGAAUUCGAGAUACGCUACCCUUUUAGGAGUUCUUCAUGGUAUUGGUAUGACAUAUAAUGGAAUUGGUAUUGGUAAAUAUCAUACCAGAAAUAAACAACCUUAUGUAAGAUGGGGUUAUGUUUCAUUAAUCUGUAUGUGCCUUUCACUUUUCCAUUCCAUGUUGGUAUUCAGAAAAUCAAGAUAUGAAUUAUUUUUACUUAUUCAUAUAAUACUUGCAGUUUUCUUUAUUGUUGGAGGUUGGAUUCAUACUUCUAAUGAUGGAUUUGAACAAUGGUAUUAUGGAGCAGCAGCCGUUUGGAUUUUUGAUCGUUUGAUUAGAAUUGUCAGAUUAUUUUCAUUUGGUAUUAAAACUGCUGAAGUUCAAUUGGUUGCUAAUGAAACUUUAAGAGUUAAAGUUCAGAGACCAGCUUAUUGGAAACCAUUUCCUGGUUGUCAUGCUUUUAUUCAUUUCUUAAGACCAUCAUGCUUCUGGCAAUCACAUCCUUUUACAGUUGUUGAUUCUGUUCUUGAAGAAAAUACACUUACAUUUUAUUUGAAGGUUAAAGGUGGUGUAACUCAUGGAUUAUAUCAAUAUUUAUCUAAACAACCAAAUAGUAAAGCUCAUAUAAAAGUUUCUAUUGAAGGUCCAUAUGGUCAAAGAGUUAGUAUUAACAAAUAUGAAAAUACUGUUUUCUUAGCUGGUGGUAAUGGUAUUCCAGGACUUUAUUAUGAAGCCACUGAUAUUGCUAAGAGAUUAGGUGAUAAAGCAAAGAUUAAAUUAUAUUGGGUUAUUCGUCAUUAUAGAUCAAUUGAAUGGUUUAGUCCAGAAUUAUUAAAAUUGAAAGAAAUGAAUAUUCAACCAAUUAUUUAUAUUACUCAACCACAUGUUGGAUUAGUUGAACCAAUAUUUUCUAAUACUGUUGAAUCAUCAGAAGAAGAAGAAGCAGAACAAGAAAAGAAAUCUGAUACAAUGGAAGAAUCUAAUGAAUAUAUUGAUCAAUUAAAGAAUAAAUUGAAAUAUAUUGAAUUCAGAGAAGGUAGACCAGAUUUCUAUACAAUUGUUGGAGAAGAAAUACAACAAGCCGAUGGACCAAUUGCAUUUGCAUCAUGUGCUCAUGGAUCUAUGGUUGAUGAUGCUAGAAAAGGGGUAGUUGAUAAUCUUGAUAAGACUCAAUAUAGAGUUGAAUUAUUCGAACAAAUACAAACUUGGUGAGCUUUUAUUUUACUUAGUUUUAGAGUUUAAGAGGUGAUUUUACAUAGUUAUACAUACAUAGAUAGUUAUUUAUUUAACGCAUUAAUAGGACAUUUAUUUAAUAUGAGUUGUGGUGUUUAACAAUUAACAGUUAAUGAAAUUGAAAUUGAUGGCUUUCACUGUAUUGAUUUUGUGCAGUAGAGUCCGCCUUUAGUCGCCAAAUGUUGCUGCGGUGCGUGCGACGAUAGCUCAUUAGCGACAAUAGGAGGUGAAGAGUGAGAAUGAGGAUAAUGGAUCCAUAGAAAGAAUACGAUUAGAAUACGAUUAAUUACGAACAAAAGUAAUAGUAAUAGUAAUAGUAAAUAAUUAGAAGAAUUUAGAUACUAG